GGAAGGAGGACCCCGUGCGCCAAGUGGCGUGCAGCUUGAUCACUGCAGAAGAAAUAUCCUCAGAAGACAACUCUGGAAGUGGCUGCAGGAAUCAUGAUCUUACCAGCAUGAAACAGUUUCCGGAAGCCUGUGGGCUCCUCCUGCAAUGCUGUCACCAACAAAGGCUUUCCUGAUUAUAUUUUUUUCUUUUUUUCUCUGUGUGUGUGAAAGAUCUAAGAGAUGAGUGCACCUAACACCAAAAGAUUCAUUGGCCAGGCCUGCAGAUGCUGUGCUUCUUCAAGAUUUCACCGUUUUCUUGAUGUGAACAGUCACAAAGUGGAGAGGACGAUAGAAGGAAUACAUGAAAAAUUGGUAGUUCAUUCUGACCUUGGAAAAGCUGCAAGCUGGAAAAGGCUAACAGAAAAAUUUCUGAACUUGCCACUCCCAAGUAUUGAAGAAACAAAGACAGAUACACACUAUUCCAUACUGUCUCUUCUGUUGUGUUUGUCUGAUUCUCCAUCCAACACCACCUAUGUUGAAAAACCAAAAGUCAAAGAAGUGG